UAAUCAUUUUCUAAGAAAAAGACAAGAUGGACGRUUUCGUUGGAGACGAAGACGUAUUUUGGAGCUUAAAAAUAGAAGUUUUACACGAUAUGAGAGAUGAAUUAGCAAAAAAUCUCUACCCAGAUAAAUUUUUCGCCUAUUUUCGCUCGAAGCGUAUCUUCGAUGCUGAUGAUUGUGAAAACAUUACUGCUGAAAGAACCCGGAGAAAACAAGCGGAGUUGUUCCUCGACGUCUUAGAAUCUAAAGGACCCGAGGCUUUUGACGAGUUCUGCAGAUUUAUAAAUAAAAACAAAACGCAGAUUUAUCUUCUGCAGAAAAUUUUGGACAAAUUUGASCAAAAGAAGGGAGAGAUAUUGGAGGAUCAUCCAAGACGAUAUAAUUUAUCUGAUUUGGAUAUGGAUGACAAGGUACCCACAACAACAACACCCACUGUAGUACUCAUGCCACCAUCUUUUACCCCAAUACUUCCUGGUCCGCCAACUCCACCAGACGAACUACCUGGUGCRUGUGGGAUGUCCACUGAUGAUGAUAAUACCUCAACCACAACAUUAUCAGGAAAUUCUGUGAGUCAACCUUCGACAGCUGAUGCAACCUAUCCUGGUCCCACCCCUCCUCCAUAUGCAGRGCCUGAAGCCAGGCCAAACACCCCACCUCCUCCCUAUACAGAAUAAUAUUUAUAUCUAAGAAAUACUUGAAAUAAUGUAAUCAUGAUGAGUAGUUUUACAAGACUAAUAAUGCUUCAUUCGAUAAUCAAACAUCCCAUAUAUCCCACACUGUAGGGACUGACUUUUCCUAUAAAUAGUUUCAAAUAAUAAUAUUGUACAUAACUCCAUAAGAUUUUUUCUUAACUAGCUUUGAUUAAAAAUUUAAUCUAAUUUAAAAAUUUUAGAAUCAGUUUGUUACAAAAGUUUUAUAUUUCUAUCUAUUGUAUUUUCUCAUAUUGUAAGAGCAUAGAGACAUUAGUAUUAUGCUCCAAAUACUUAAUAUGGUAAAAAGCAGCAUWGAAAUAAAAAUGGAUUAAAUAGCAAAAGAAAAGAUGAGAAAGUUGUGUUAAUGACCAUGAGCAAAAAAAAUUGUUGAUUUGAUAAUAUUACAAUGAUAUUCUUUGAUAUUUCAAUUAUAUUUGUUUGAUAGUCUCCUUCACACAGUUCCUGGCRCCAUCUUGAAAGGUAGCCGUGCCUUUGCAUYGAAGCGAGACGAAUGGUGAGCUUGCAAUGACAGAGACAUGUGAAUAAUUCUCYAAGGUGUUAAAAAAAGGUCUCUAUCAUUGCAAGCUCACCGUUUGUYUCGCUUCRAUGCAAAGGCAUGGCUACCUUUCAAGAUGGUGCAGGGAACUGUGAAGGGGACUAUUGCKUGUGGAAACUGUAAAACCUCRGAAAACAUUGUCUUCACCACACUCCAAAGAUGUUGGUAAAAUCUCAAAAAUACUAAUAAAAGUGUUUGACUGUU